CCCCGGCUUCUCAUUGAGCUAGUUGCUGUCACUUGACUCACUGGCAGCCGGGACGUCAACUCAAAAAAAGGGAAAAGAACCCAUCAAAGAGAAAAAGAAAGAAAAGAGAGGAAGAAGGCAGGCUCCUUCCUGUCUAUGUGCGGGUUGGCUACCGUACUUAUUUACCUGGAUCCUUGCCAUGUCCCAGACAGCCUUGCGAGUGUACAUGUCGGAGACCAAGAAGAAUAACAGCCCGCAUCCCCUUACUCAUAAUGAUCUCGCAUCCGAGCACAGCACAUCCGUCACUACGCCUGCCGGAGAUGGCGCGUCCUCCAAGUCCAUUACCUUUGACAGAAACAAUACAUUAAGUACACAGGAGCCCGAGAGAGCGGACGACUACAACUCCGGAGAUAUUCAGUCGAAAAUGUCAUCUUCUAUUACAAGGGGCCGUGCAUGGCACAACGAUGCGAAGUUACAGUCCUCACCGGAAGCCAUUGAAAACCAGUCCGGCCUUACAAGGAACCAAACAGCAGAUAGUCAUCGAAAGUCAAAGACGGAGUUCAAUUCGAUCCCGGACGAGGUUGUUCCUGUUGUUGAGCUGGACAUGGCCAGGUACCCUGGCACGGAUUCCCGGGCGCACAGGAAGUCCUCUACCGAAUUUGAUGCAGGUCUCGUAAAUCAGCCGCAUGUCCAUAGCCAGGCCAUCGCUCUACCACCUGUGGUCCCAAAGACUCGCUCCGCGCCAGAAAAAAGGCAAGACAACGGGGGACGGAAGGCGGACAGCCAGCUGUGGCAAAAGUCCGGAGCCCAGGAGUCCUCACAGCAGCUCUGGAGAUGA